CCGUUAUUUGUGUACACAAUGUAGUGCGCCACUAUAGUGAGUGGUAGCCAUUUAGGAUUCUUUUGGAACUAGAUUAACAUAUUCAAACGCAGAGCUCGUUCAGUCCUAGUUCAGGGUUAGUGUGAGCUCAGUUCAAACGGAGACGUUUCUGUCCUUCAGGCGUUUUUGUUACCUUAAAGUGGGCGGAAUUUGUAAUGUGGGAAGAAUGUCAAUGUAGGAGUAACAAACAGAUGAAAAACUGAAGGACUGACAAACAAACGUCCGGAGAUGUCAUGGGGAAAAACGAAAAAACCUGAACCAACACGGGAGGAAAUUAGCUUCGGUUAAAAUUAGGAUUUUUUGUAUUUUAUUUUGGUUUGAAUUUUAUAAAUUACAUUUCACACUUUUGGAACUCGUUUUAUUUGUUAUAAAAUGAACUACAGGUGGACGCUGUUCACUCCAACCCUGCUGUCCAGCAUCCUUCUUCUGUACACGGUUCCUUUGUGUGCACACGGCAGUAUUUUGGAGUUUUAUGCCACUAAGUCUGCCACCUAUGGGGUAGGUUUGAAACCUGUGGUUUCUGGUGAAACUGCACGCAUUGCUUUGGCCCGUAAACCACGUUCAGCAGGCAAGCCUGGCAUUAGUGGACUGAGUGAAAACUGGCCUUCUACAAUCAAUUCUGACUCGGCUGAACAGGAUCGCCCGAUUGAUAUGGCUGUAGGUGGUAUGGGUGCAGGUCUUCCUACUCUGUCCCAUGGCAGAACCGAGCUGGAUUUUAAAGAGGAAAGCUCUGAGGAAAUGACCCCCCUCAGACACAUUGAGAUUCUUCAGCCUGACGGAAGUGUCCUUGGUCUUGACAGACGUGACCCAAUCACCCGUUCUUCACAUGAUCUAUCUCUAACAUUUAGUGAGCCAGAUGAUGACAGCCAUGCUAUAAAAGUGGAUUUCUCUGAACCAGACAAAAUUUUACCUACAUCAUCACAUCAGCCUCAGGAGCUACAGGGUGGAGAUUUAACUUCCUGGGGGCCAGUAGAUAUGGAGGAUGAAGAUUUGCGACUGGUUACAAAAGCGGUGCCCUCUAAAUUACAAACUUCGAUCCCUGAUGAUGAUACCUCUGGAGGGUUUCAGGCAGGACCUCGAGGAGCUGUAGAUGGUCUGAAGAUGUUCUGUCCUUUGGGAUUUGUUUACAAAAAUGGCACAUGCCAAUCAGUAUGUGACAUCUACACCAGUUACUGCUUUAAUGGGGGUCAGUGCUAUGUGGUGAAUGGGAUUGGAGCAUUUUGCAGGUGUAACAUGCAGGACUACAUCUGGAAUAAAGGUACCAGAUGUGAGUCUGUCAUUACAGAGUUCCAAGUGAUGUGCAUUGUGGUGGCCGGAGUGUCAAUCACGUUGCUCAUCCUCUUUAUGGUAACUGUGUUCUUCUCCAAACAACUCCAUCUCCUAAAGAUUGAAAAUAGGAAGCUACGCAAACGCAGUAAGUCCAGGCCUCAGUCUGAGCUGCACAAUGAUAACUUCUCGCUCUCCACCAUCGCUGAAGGCUCACAGGCAAACAAAACUAUGAGCAAAUACUCAUGGGAGUAUAAACCCACUGAAGAGACCUACGGUGAGGAUGUCACUUCCAAACCCGAGGAGCCCGCCAAAACCCCUACUAAAGAAGAUGAGUCUUUGAACAUUCAGAACUCCCAUACUACCAAACAUGAGGACAACAUGACCAGUGGUGAGGAGAACGCAGAAGAGAAUGGUGUGACUAUUGAUCUGGAGCUGCUCCUCCCUAAGGAAGCGAAGGAGCAUCCAGAGACGAGCCCUCCACUUCACUAUAAUGUUUUUCUUUACAAGCUUCCUAAAUCACCCAAAAUAUCCCAAGGACGACACGGAAAAGGGAAUGCUUUCCAACAGAUGCGGCCUAGACGAGGCUCCGAGCCUGGCUACAGCCCCAUCAGUGCCCGCUCCCUUCCCCCAAUGCCUUCCAGGAAUCCAAACCCCCGCGUUGGCAAAGCCUGCACGCCGUAACUCUUUGUAGAAGUUCAGCGGUGGUUAUGAUGCUGCCACCUCAACCUCUGUGAACAACACAAACUGACAGCUGCCAAAAUGACCCUUGUGUCCACUGUGAUCUGGCCAAACAACUUUCUACAAUCACUCAUAUUUUACUACUAAGGUACAUAUUGCAUAUGUAGCUGCAGGGCAACACAGCACACAAAGUGUUUGGAAAUUCUAUCCACAGACAUCUGUAAGAUUAUGAAAUGCUAAUGUGAACUUUAUUUGUGGUACAAUAUCACAAUAUGUAAUGUAAUACAUAUGGAUGACUGGAAUGAACAAACCUGCAACAUUAGUCCAACUGUAAUCCAGUAAAAGUAUAGAUGGGUGACAAAUGUGUCCUAAAUUCUUAAUGAGUAAAUUAUCUUGAUUUUAGAACAAGAUUACAAUAGAAAAGAUGAAAAUCUCUUCUGAAGAGGCUUUAUGUGUAGCAGUGCCAUGGCUCUACAGAUGCAAUUUGCAGUGUUUGAGGCCAGAUUUAGGGUCACUUAUUUGGUCAAGGAGCCAACAUCAACAGAAGGAAUACAGAAGAGCAUAGUAAUACUAGCAUGUUCUGCAUUGUGUGUGGCUCUCAGUGCCCUCUAUGGAAAUCCACCACUGUCUGGUGAAAAUAGUAUUCUAUGGCUACACGCAUGCUGGAGGAGGUGUGUAGUAGCUAGCAAUUUUCCCUGAACACUGAAGUGAAACUUGCACAUUUAAUAAGUGAAGUAUGUAAGAAAAAAACCCUGGUUGCUAUGGAGUCAAUCAAUAAUUAAAUACAAGGGUACUCCAGUUACGUACCUGUAGCAUGAUGACAAUGCCCUCAUCCACAGGGCUUAAUGGGCCACAGAAUAUUGUUUAUUAUUAUGAAGAAUAUGUAAAUCAUGAGAUAUGGCCUUUAAGGUCACACAGUCUCAACCAUUAUUAAACACACAUGUUAGAUUUAGUACUAUUGUUAAACUCCUCUCUACCAUAAUCAAAAUACUGUGUACACGAAUGAGGCAUAACAUUGUUUCCACCUUCCUAAUAUUGUGUUGGUCCCUCUUUUGCUGCCAAAACAGCCCUGACCCGUCAAGGCAUGGACUCCACUAGACCCCUGAAGGUGUGCUGUGGUAUCUGGCACCAAGAUGUCAGCAGCAGAUCCUUUAACUCCUGUAAGUUGUGAUGUGGGGCCUCUAUGGAUCGGACUUGUUUGUCCGGCACAUCCCACAGAUGCUUGAUUGGAUUGAGAUUUGGGGAAUUUGGAGGCCAAGUCAACACCUCAAACUCAUUGUUGUGUUCCUCAAACCAUUCCUAAACCAUUUCUGCUUUGUGGCAGGGAGCAUUAUCCUGCUGAAAGAGGCCACAGCCAUCAGGGAAUACUGUUUCCAUAAAAUGCUUAGGUAUGUGAUAAUGUAACAUCCACAUGGAUGGCAGGACCCAGGGUUUUCCAGCAGAACAUUGCCCAAAGCAUUACACUGCCUGCGCCGGCUUGCCUUCUUCCCAUAGUGCAUCCUGGUGCCAUGUGUUCCCUAGGUAAGUGACACACACGCACCCGGCCAUCCACGUGAUGUAAAAGAAAACGUGAUUCAUCAGACCAGGCCACCUUCUUCCAUUGCUCUGUUGUCCAGUUCCGAUGCUCACGUGCCCAUUGUUGGCGCUUUUGGCGGUGGACAGGGGUCAGCAUGGGCAACCUGAUUGAUCUGCGGCUACGCAGCCCCAUACGCAACAAACUGUGAUGCACUGUGUAAUCUGACACCUUUCUAUCAGAACCAGCAUUAACUUCUUCAGCUAUUGUAGCUACAUUAGCUCGUCUGUUGGAUAGGACCACACGGGCCAGCCUUCGCUCCCCACGUGCAUCAGUGAGCUUUGGCCACCCCUGUCCCUGUCACCGGUUUACCACUGUUCCUUCCUUGGACAACUUUUGAUAGAUACUGACCACUGCAGACCGGGAACAUCCCACAAGAGCUGCAGUUUUGGAGAUGCUCUGACCCAAAUCCUUAUGCUUGUACAUUUCUCCUGCUUCUAACACAUCAACUUUGAGGAUAAAAUGUUCACUUGCUGCCUAAUAUAUCCCACCCACUAACAGGUGUUGUGAUGAAGAGAUAAUCAGUGUUAUUCACUUCACCUAUCAGUGGUCAUAAUGUUAUGCCUAGUUGGUGUAUGAAAUAUUUUUGGGAAGAAUGGUGUUCCAUCUCUUUAGUAUAGUUCCAAUGACUUGUAAAAUCCAUGCCAAGGCAGUUCUUGAUGGCCCAGUCUUACUAAAUUGCAAAGUUGUUUUCUUUAAUUUGUCACCUGUCUAUUUUAAAGAGACAUUCUAUGAACCUGAGCCUGUUAAGCAUUAAGACAUAGAGGGCUGAGUGUAAAAUUCAGGGUAGCAAAUACUCAUGAAGAUGACUAAUUAUGUAAUGAGGUGCUUUUAAUGUUUUUAAUUUGAUUAAUACUUCAUGUAGAAUAAAGUCUAUUACAAUUACUUCA